AUGGGUGACAACGAAACUGGCGCCAUUUCUGCACUUGGUGCUCUUCUUGGUUAUGUCGGCGCCGAAGCCGCGACUACCGCACCAUUUGGACAUUUACUCUGGCCGCAACGACAUUUGGACCACCCCUCAUGGCAAUCAGCCUUCAUGGCAGCAUUGCUGAUGCCCAUGGGUGGUCCAUUACACAAAGCAGCAUUGGAGACGUUCGACACACUACACCGCCAUGGCCUCUUCCGCGGUGCCUACAAAGGACAUAUGCUCGGCACCGCGUUCUUCAAUGAUAUUGGAUGGACCUAUACUAUGCACGACAUGGGGGUUAAAGGGCUGCCAAAGGCAGUUAGGAAUUGUAUCUGGACGAGGGCUAUGAGUCUACUGGAACAUCCUCAGUUGAACGAUGGAAGCAUGAUGCUGCCAAUGGAAAAGAAAGAACAAAGCAAAGCAAAGCGUCAGAGUUCAGUCAGAGCGUGGAUAUCCUGCUACCAUCUGACAUUCAGCCAAGCGACAGAGGAUGAUAGAUCAUCCGCACUACCAUUUGUUCGCGAGCGCGUUAACACGCCUGGGCCCCAAGUCUAUCUAUCGCUCCUGGCGGCCGAGUCGUCAGCAAUUAUUAUCGCCAUCAUACUUAUUGUGAUCUGGAGAACACCCUGGGUCACGCUAUGGCUCGCACCCUUGGCACUACGGCUGAUCAGCACCUUCUUCGCUAUCCACCGCGAGCCACUCGAAACUCUGCAACUCACACCCCAAAAUUACACCUGCGACUUCGAAAUACACUGCCCUGAGUCCAACGGCGACUUUAUAGUCCUAUCUGGCCCACCUCCUCUCAUCCAGCAGUUUAUGCGACACUACGGUCAUCCAUGCCGGAGCCGCACGAAAGAGAUCAUUCAGCUGGUUAUCAUCUGCGCACUGGGGUGCGUCUUUCCGGCGGGUCUGGUGGCUUCAGCACUAUUCAUGCCUUUACAUCUACAGUAUGUCUGGUUCGGUUACCAGAUAUUCUUAGUUGCAGGACUACAUAUUGCAAGGUACUGUCAAUUCUCGAGACAGUUAUCUAUAGAUGCAGCUAUUGCAGAGGCAUUCGCACAUGGCGAUCGGUUCAACCGUUGCGGAGAGAGCUCGUUACUCUUCGGCCACAAACGGUCAGGCGCUGGAAUACUCAGGGUCGACUUGAAGGUCAAGUCGUAUAGCAAGUAUGCCGAAGGGAAACAAGCAGUACAAAAAUUGCUUAUGAAUGAUGACAAGGAUAUCGAGGAGGCAAUUGGAAGUCAGUAA